UUUAUUAUUCUGAUAUAUUAACAGACGAAUUUAUAAUAACCCAGCGCAUCCUUGCAUUCCUGGCCAUCUCCAGCUCCCACUAUAGGGGUCUAUUUCCUUUACCACGCUGCCCUUUAAGAGGUGAUGGAUGAAACUGAGCCAAACAGGAAGGCGGUUGCCCAGGGAAAUUGAAUAAUUAAGUAACAGAGUCUCGAUUCAUUCACCAUCAGUUUAGGUGGUGUCUUGAAAACUUUUGCUUUGGUAGGAGAAAUUUGAGUUAGAUGGGUUAACUGGACUAUGACGUCGCCUCCUGUGGAGGGCAGUGAAAAACUCUGGCUAUAAUGGAAAUAUUCACGGUGCCAGUACAGCCAUACAGUUGCCAAAUACCAUGUCUCGGCCAGCUGCGAAGUAGCUGUUUACAGCAUUCUUUCUCCCGCCCCACUUUCUACUGGAGGACUCCAUUUCCCAGCAUUCCCCUGCCUUCAGAGACCUUAGGCCUAGAGGAGCGUGAGCCGCAGUGGUUUCUGGGAAAUACAGUCCAGCUGCGGAGCGCAGUUUAAAGAACCAGGACUUGAGGUCCCGAGACAGCGACCGCGCAGGCGCCUUCCGGGGCCCGAAGGAGGGCGGGAAGGCCUGGCCGCCGUGCACAACUCGCGGAGGCGCACAGCUUUGCAGACUUAGGCCUGGUUCUUUCUUCUGGAGGUGCAUGCCUGGGACCCAGCAAUGGCCAUCAGGACCCUGACGGGCAAAGGCCAGGAAUCGGUGACCUUCAAAGACGUGGCUGUGGACUUCACCCUGGAGGAGUGGGGCCAGCUGGGGCCUGGCCAGAGGGAGCUGUAUCGGGAUGUGAUGCUGGAGAACUACCAGAACCUUCUCUCGCUGGGGCUUCCUGGGUCCAAACCCGAUGUGAUCUCCCGUCUGGAGCGAGGGGAAGAGCCCAGGAUGGAGAGGAGAGAAGCCUGGCGAGUUACCUGUUCAGACUUGGAGACAAACUCUGAAACUACUCAGGAGACACUUCCAAAAAAGAGUAUUUCCAAAGACGUGGCUUCCCCAAUGGGAAAGAUGGAGGGCAUUUUAAGGGCAGUGCUUGGAGACACCAAGUUGGGGGACUCCUGGACAUGCGGCCGUCAACUGGAAGACCAGGGAAAGCAGGAGAGGCAUUUGAGAUGGUUGUUUACUACUCCCGAGGAAAACACCCAUGGCGAGUUGAGACACUUCAGGCAGACCUCAGCUUUCCUUGGGAAGCAAAGAGUGCCUGGGGGAGAGGAUCCUCAGAAGUGGACCAGGUCAAGAAAGAGCCUGAAACACCAAAGGAAACCAUUUAACUGCACGGAAUGUGGGAAAGCCUUCAUCUACCAUUCGGAUUAUGUCCUACACCAGAGAAUUCACACUGGAGAGAAGCCCUACAAGUGUAACGAGUGUGGGAAAGCAUUCAGCAACAGCUCAUAUUUCAUCCAGCACCACAUCAUCCACACAGGAGAGAAGCCCUACGCCUGCAACGAAUGUGGCAAGACCUUUACCCAGAGCUCAUCGCUCACUGAGCAUCAGAGGAUCCACACUGGAGAGAAACCCUACAAAUGCAAGGAAUGUGGGAAAGCCUUCACCCAGAGCUCCUCCCUCAUCAAACACCAGCGAUGCCAUACUGGGGAGAAACCCUAUAAAUGCAACCAGUGUGGGAAGUUCUACUCCCAGGUGUCCCACCUCACCCGCCACCAGAAAAUACACACAGGGGAGAAGCCCUACAAAUGCAGUGAGUGUGGCAAGGCUUUCUGUCACACCUCCUCCCUGACUCAGCACCAGACAAUCCACACUGGUGAGAAACCCUACAAGUGUAACGAGUGUGGGAAAACCUUCAGCCACAGCUCGUCACUGACCCAGCACCAGCGAGUCCACACUGGAGAGAAACCUUACGAGUGCCCCGAGUGUGGCAAAGCCUUCAGCCACAGUUCAUCCCUGACUCAGCAUCAGAGAAUUCAUACUGGUGAGAAGCCCUAUGAGUGUCAUGAGUGCGGGAAGGCUUACACGCAGAUCUCCCACCUCAUGAGGCACCAGAGCGUUCACGUGGGGGAGAAACCCUAUAUAUGUAAUGAGUGUGGAAAGGCUUUCAGUCACACCUCCUCCUUUACUCAACACCAGACGAUCCACACUGGUGAGAAACCCUACAAGUGUAACGAAUGCGGGAAAACCUUCAGCCAGAACUCCUCACUUAUGCGCCACCAGAGAAUUCACACCGGGGAGAAGCCCUAUGAGUGUACAAUUUGCGGGAGAGCCUACACCCAGAUUUCCCACCUCAUCCAACACCAGAGGACUCACACCGGAGAGAAACCUUAUGAGUGCAGUGAGUGUGGGAAAGCCUUCAGCCGGAGCGCCCAUCUCAUCGAGCAUCAGAAGAUCCACACGGGCGAGAAACCCUAUAAGUGUAAGGAGUGUGGGAAAACAUUCAGUCACAACUCAUCCCUAACUCAACAUCAGAGGAUUCACACCGGCGAGAAACCCUACACCUGUAAGGAAUGCGGGAAAGCCUUCAAUCAAAGUAUCCACCUCAUUCAGCAUCAGAGGAUUCAUACCGGGGAGAGGCCCUACAAAUGUAAGAACUGUGGGAAAACCUAUGCCCAGAUUUCACACCUCGUUCAACACCAGAAAGUUCACAUGGGUGGUAAGCGCUAUGCAUGUAAAGAAUGCGGAGAGGAUUUCAGCUGGGGUUCACACCUGGCCGAACAUCAGAGACUUCACACUGUGCAUGAUGGCUAUGUCUGCGGUAAUUUUGAGAAAGCCUUUGCUUGGAACAUGCAGCUUAGUGAUCAUCAGAGAACUCAUGCUGACUAGAGAGCCUGAGAAUGAAACAAACUGGUGAUUCUUCUGCUGGGUUCCAUUCAGCCUUCAUCAGCAGUAGAAGCUUCUUCCCAGAGAGGAGCCAUAACACUAUAUAUUGAGAUAGUUGGUUCCUUUUUUGCCUCCUAGAAGGAGGAUGGCACUGUUUAUCACCAGCAGAGACAGCUUCUGAUCAUUUAAAGGGCUCCCCCCUAAAAUCUAAGCUUCCCCCCCAUUUCUCAACCCUACAACGUCCCUGGAUGGUGGUAGGUAUGGGGUGGUUUACAUAGGAUGCAACUUCAUCUGGGAUCUUUAAAAAGUCUCUCUGAGCUUUUAAAAUUUAUUCAUUAUGUGUUAAAUUGGAGCCUGGAAAUUCAAGAAGAAACAAACACAGCUGGAAAGAUUCAUUUGUUAGAGUAAAAGUCACAAAUAUAUGUAACUAAAGAUAAAUGCCAGGUGAUUUUAGUUUCCUUUAAAACUUUAAGCUACAAAUUUCACUGAAAAAUCUGCAGUUGGCUUAAACAUGGAAUAUGUUUCACAUAUUUCCAGCCAUUUCUUAUGUCCUAUUGUUUCUGUCUUUUCCACUUCCAGGAAUUGUGCUUUACAAAGUAAUUGCCCUGUUAGACAUCAUUUUCUGAUUUUAGUCAUGCUCAAAAGGAGGUUUUUAUUCCCUCAUAUUUUUGAAACAUAGUAUUUUCUAUUAGAAAAAUAAUACAUACACUUUUAUAACAGGAAAAAAUUUAAAGUAGAAUAAGAUAAGCUUAUUUUAAAGGAUAAUUUGAAAAGUAUAGAGAAGUAUGAACUAAAAUACCAAUUCCCCAUAAUCCCACAGGCCAGAGAGACCCACUAGUCAUUUUUGGGUCUAUGUCUUUCUGGUUUCGUUUCACUCUGUAUUCCAUAUCCAUAUUUUUUUUUUUUUUUUUUUUGCGGUACGUGGGCCUCUCACUGUUGUGGCCUCUCCCAUUGCGGAGCACAGGCUCCGGACGCGCAGGCUCAGCGGCCAUGGCUCACGGGCCCAGCCGCUCCGCAGCAUGUGGGAUCUUCCCGGACCGGGGCACGAACCCGUGUCCCCUGCAUUGGCAGGCGGACUCUCAACCACUGCGCCACCAGGGAAGCCCCAUAUUUUUUAAUGUUGAAAAUUUUGGAUCAUAAAACAAAAAGCUAUAUACUCACCUACAACUUGGCCAUCCUCAGAAGUCAGGUUGUUUUGAUUUUUUUUCAUCUUUCCUUCUGAAUAUCAUUUUAAAAUAAGUGUUACUUUAUUUAAUUGUAAUCAGAAACAAUUUUGGCUUCUCUGUUUUGCCCUCACUAUACCAUGACAUUGUCUUUUGUCACCACGUAAACUCCAUCCUCAUCAUUAUUAGGGCUAAUGAUGUUUCAUUGGUGGGCAUAGAAUAAUCUAUAAAUCCAUGCCCCCAUUUAGACUUUGCUCUAAGCCCCAGAUUGACACAGGUUAUUCACCAAUUUUCCCAAUUAUGAAUCAUGUAAUAAUGAGCAUUUUCAUGCUAACUUCCUCUCUCCUUUUGGGGGGGUUAUUUCUCUAAGUCAAAUUCCCAGGAUGGGAAUAACAGAAUCAAGACUCUAACCAUUUUCUUGGUUCCUGGAACAUAUUGUUACAUUGCUUUCUAAAGGGGCUGGACCUAAUCUACCAGGAGCAAGCUAGGAAGUGAGGACUACAGUUCUGUUACAUUAUAACCAACACUGAACAUCAAUCAUAUAAUGUUUUCCCAUGUCAAACAUAUAAAAUGGCUAGUGAUUUCAGUAACUUACUGUGUGCCAAUUUUGUGCUAAGUCCUUGGUACGUGUGAACUCCUUUCAUUCUUCAAACAAUCACAUAUGUUCAGGGCUGUAUUAUCCCAUUUCACAGAUGAGGAUACCGAGGCAUGCUGAUAAUGUAGACAAAGCCCCACAGCUAUGAGGUCAUGGAGCCUGAACUCAAGGUCAAGUAGUCAAGCUCCAGGAGCUAUGCACUGAACUUCUAUUGGGAUUGAACACAUUUCACAUAUAACAUUUCCUUCUUAAAAUAAUGUUUAUUAUCUUAUUAUAAAAACCAAUACAUGCUUUUUAUAAAAAAUUUACAAGAUCCAAGAAAUCCAGAAGAUUUUAUGCAAAGGCCAGUGCUACCCAGAGAUAACUCUUAACAUUUUGGUAUACUUCUGCUAUUUUUAAAACUUAAUCACAGUAUUAUAACGCUUUAAUAAAUCUGGGACAUAGUUAAUAUACAGUUUAGCAUACUUCUGUGUUUACUUAACUUUAUAUCACAGGCCCCUAUCAUUAAAUAUGAUUUACCGAUAUCAUUAAAUACCCACGUCAUUAAAUACUCUUUAACAACCUGAUGUUUGGGGGCUUUGCAUAGUUUGUGUUUAGUAGUAGCCAGUCCCCUGUUGGAUACUUUGGUUGCUUCCAGUUUUUGACUUUUAUAAACAUCCCUUCUACUGAAGUCUUAGGCUGAGCACCCUACCAGCUCCCAAGUAGAAUCCUGGCAGGGAGUCUGUGGGGUCAAAGAGAGAACAUUUUAAUGACCCUGUGCACAUAGUUAAUGGCUUCCUGAAAUUUCUGCAUCUGAUUGGCAGUGGAUGGGACUGCAUCUCACCAACAUCAUCACUGGUAGUUACCAUGGUUAAAAGUCUUUGCUCAGGUAUUUCUUCUGUGACUUCCUUCAUGGUUGAUGAAAUACUCGUUUAUUGUGAAUAAUUCAAACAACACAAGAAUGAAGAACACUGUGGCUCUCUAUAAAUCUUCAUUCCAAAGAUUCUAGACUGUUUUCUGUUGUUUCUCCGUUUCUGUUGGCAUGAAAUAUAUAUGUACAUAAAAUAUUAUUUAUAUGGCAUAAUCACAGACGUGAUUUUAAGUGACUUUUUUCACUUGAUAUAAUAUUAAUAUUUUCCCAUGACAAUCAAUCCAAAAUAUAUAUAUAGUACAUAUUGUACAAAAAUAUAUACACAUGUAUAUAUGUAUAUAUAUAUGUAUCAUCAUUUGCCACUUUUAACAGCUGCAUAAUAGUUCAUGCUAGAGUUUCUUGAAUUUAUUUAACCAAAUUCUAUUAAUGAGCAUUUGGGUUGUUUUAUUUUCUUUUCCAUCAUUGGACAUAUAUUAUUUGACACUUGUGCAAAUUAUCUCUAUAAGAUGAAUUCCUAGAAGUAAUCUUGUGGGAUCAUAGAAUGUCCAUGUUUAAAAUUUUGAUAGUUAUUGCUAAAUAAUCCUCCAAAAAAGGAUGACCCAAUUUACAAAACUCCUGAAAGUGUACAUGAGUGCCUAUUUCUUUCCUCCACUUCCUUCACAAAUACUCGGUAUUAGUCUUUUAUUAUUUUUAACAUUUCUCAUCUAAUAAGUAAAAAUGUCCUAUUGGUAGGGAGAUUAAUGAUCUUCUUAUGCCUUUAUUGAUGUUUUGCCUUCUUCAAAUUGCUUAUUUAUAUAUUUUGCCCAUUUUUAAUUGGGCUGCCUUUUUGUAUUGAUUUAUAGGAGCAAGUCUAUGUAUUACAUAUACUAACUCUUUGGUAUAUACAUUACUAAUAUUUUCUGCCAGUUUACUAUUUCUCUUCCAGUUUUGUUUAUGGUGUAUUUUGCUACACAGAAUUUUAAACUUUUUAGGUGUUCAACUCUAUCUGUAUUUUCUUUUAUAGUUCUUGGACCAGCUUCACACUAAGAAAAACCUGCCUCACCCCCCCAGGAUUAUGAAGAAAGUCCUAUAUUUUAUUCUAGUACUGUUACGAUUUUUUAACAAGUAAAUGUUUAUUCCUUCUGCAUUUUUAUGGCUUAUGGUAUAAAAUUUCAGUUCCUAGAGGCCACCUGCAUUCCUUGGCUUGUGGCCCCUUCAUCCUCAAAGCCAGCAGUGUAGCAUCUUUAAAUCACCCAUCCUAAUAUAUUCCACCAUAUAUGUAAAUUUCUCAGCACACUUGGUCCACUCCCUUCUCGAAGAUUCACCCCUCCUGUACUAACAUACUGACGUAGAAUAAUUGAAUUCUUAGUCUAAGAGAACCUAAUUUUGAAUCUUGCCUUUGCCAUUGCCUUGCUGUCUGAUCCAGUUUCUUCAUAUUUUAAAUGAGAAUAAUAAGCUAUAUUACAAAAGAUGUUUUAGGUUUCAAAUAACAGAAAACUUAAAAGAGUUCAAACAAGAAAGACAGUUUACUAGCUCAAGUAGCCAAAAGGACCAAAACAAGGCAUUCAUCUUGUUUAUCCUAGUACUUCAGGAUGCCUUCAGUGGCAAGUAAGAGAAAACCCCAACUCAACCUCACAAACACUAGGAAGAAGAAAUCUACAGGUAAGGCAAGCUCCACCUGCUAUACAUUAAUAUUUCCCUACAAUUUACUUGAGAUUUAUAUGGUUUUAUUUCACAAUUAUCUUCUCAAAUAAUUAUAUUGCCUGAUCACCUUUUCAUUCCUAUCUCAGCCACUUCCCUGUUUACUUCAUAGUACUUACCGUAAUUUCCUAUUAUAGGUCCCCUAUUUACUGCCUGCUCUGACUCCCUGAAGGCAGGUCCUUUGUGUCUGUCACCACUAUAUCUCCAGCGCCUAGAGCACUGCCUGGAACGUGGUAGGUUCUCAGAAAAUAGUCACUGACUGAUUGAUUUAUUUCAAGCCUGAGCCAUUCCCAUCCCCACUUGCACGGUAAGAGAAUGUUAGUUUCCCCACUCCCUCAAGGUAAGUAUAUCAUACAGCUUUAAAUUUUGGCCGGAUAUAUAAAUAAAGAUAGCAUUUUUCCUUUUUCUCUUCCUGGCGCUCUCCUACACAUCCCUCAAAGCCUUAUUCAAGACCCCUCCCCUGAGAAACCUUCCUCACAUCAACCCUUUCAGUCCCGCCCUACCCAGUUUUUCUCCCUUCUUUGUGCUGUAACACAUUUUUCAUUAAGUUUUAUGAGCAAAGCACGCUGUUUUGUUGAGCAUCCCUACUACUUAGAAACGCCUUUAAAGAAGACCCCUUGGGACUUCCUUGGUGGUGCAGUGGUUAAGAAUCCGCCUGCCAAUGCAGGGAACACGGGUUCGAGCCCUGGUCUGGGAAGAUCACACAUGCCGCGGAGCCCGUGCGCAACAACUACUGAGCCUGCGCUCUAGAGCCCGCGAGCCACAACUACUGAGCCCGCGUGCCACAACUACUGCAGCCCACGCGCCUAGAGCCCGAGCUCUGCAACAAGAGAAGCCACCGCAAUGAGAAGCCCGCGCACGGCAAAGAAGAGUAGCCUCCACUCGCCGCAACUAGAGAAAGCCUGCGCAGCAACGAAGACCCAAUGUAACCAAAAAUAAAUAAUUUUAUUUAUUUAUUUUAUAAAAUAAAGAGGGCCCCUCGCCUAGCGUCAGUGCUUAGACAGUUGUUAUGAAGACAGGCUUCCGGAACUGACGGUUGCCCUGACAACGGACGCGCGGUGGUUAGCUUUGAGAACGCAGCCUGUGAUUGGUCGAGAGGAAACGAACUGUGUAACCACCUUCUCCUUCACCACUCCGCCUACGGAAGAUAGAAGAAGCCUUUGACACCGCUGUACCCAAAGCGGAGGCCGCCCCGGAACUCCAGGGUUUCCUCCGCCUUCGCCCUCAGAGAACCGUCGCCCUGAGGAACCGGAAUCCCGCGAGGACCUGGGAAAUGUAGUUAGGGAGCCUGCGCAGGCGCAGAGGCAUUCAUGGCACAGGGGCUGCGCCCUCCGCGGCACCGCCUUCGUGGGGACUGUCUGUGGGGGACCCACUCUCAGUCCAAGACCAAAUUGCCAGGUACUUCAGGAUACGAGUGUCCAUGACACUCAUUGUGUCCUCCCCGUCUUUGGCCAGAAGAGAGGCUCGGAGCGGUCUCGGAGUCUUAGGCCAUCUAGAGCAGGGGUUCCCAACCCUCUGGCCGGUGUACCCACCAGUCCAUGGCCUGUUAGGAACCGGGCGGCACAACAGGAGGUGAACAGCGAGCGAGCAAAACUUCAUCUGGGGCUCCCCACUGCUCUCAUUACCGCCUGAACCAUACCCCACCGCCCGCCACAGGUCAGUAGAAAACUUGUCUUCCACGAAACCGGUCCCUGGUGCCAAAAAGGUUAGGGACCGCUGAUCUAGAGGACAGAGGGGAAUAAGAAGCUGGGCGAGGCUGGAGCCUGCCGUCAAGGAGCCUGAGGCUGGAAGGGGGGCGGGCUUUGAGGCGAGGCGGUUGUAGGGGCGGGGUUAUGAGGCGAGGUUAUGAGCAGGACUACAGCGGGAAUUGGCUGGAAUGGGCGUGGACGGGAGGGCGACCCUGGAAAAGAGGCGGGACCUCAGGUGGAAUUGAGCCAAUGAAGCUGGAGUAGGCGGAACUCGCUGACUGUCCUGAGAAUCCUCCUAUCCAAUAUCCUUCUUGAGUCCACGGGCGAAAGUGAGGCUCAGAGAAGAGAUUUGUCCAGGACUGUUCACUGAUCUUUCAUUCUUGGUUUAGGGACUCAUUGGCUGAAUUAAAUGGUGUUGAACCAGUUCAGUUUCUAAGCUAACUUUCUAAGGAAGGUAAUUAGUAAAUGUUUUGUAAUAAGAAAUUUAUCGUUAUUAUUGUUUUAUGAGUAAUACAAGACUGAAGCAUG